AUGGGCUCCCCGCGCGGGCCCCUGGCUGCCGCGGCGGCGGUCGCGGUCCAUGUGGCAGUGGUGCUAGGGACCUGGGGCUCAGCGCCCACGCCCAUCUGCCCGCAGCCGGUGUGCCCGGCCCCUUUCUGCCCGGCGCUGGUCUGUCCCGACUGCGUGUCGGCGGCAGGGGCUCCAGACCCGGGGCCGCCCGGGGGCUCUGCGGCUCUCGGAGUGUGCGAGGUGCCCGAGGAGCUGGCGGAGAUCCGCUCGACGGCGGUCCGCCUGGAGGAGCAGCUGGCGCUGCUGCAGACGGCGCUCGAGGCGGCCUGGCACGCCUGGCCGCUCCUGUGGGUCGUCGUCGGCGGAGCCGUGAGAGACGUGGUGGGUCGGCUGACCGAGAGGAAGUUCCAGCUGUUCUCCUCCAGCGGCCUCGCCGUGCAGGAGGAGGAGUUUAUGCGUGAGCUCGGACCGGGCAAGCGGUUCGCUCUGUGGUAUGAGGACGACACCUACUGGCACGAGCGGGUAGCGCUGGCGGAGGUGAGGUCCGGAGUGUGGAUCAUCGUCACUCCCGAUGGCGACCGCUACUCGGAGAACGUUCGGUGCCGUCGGGGUACCUCGGGGGCGGUGCAGGCGGUGCAUCUCGUCCCCGGCGCGGAGCUACUGGACCCGAUGAAGGGGCACUUCUACAGGUUCCGUGCCGCGCUCGACGCGCCCGAGCUGGUGGAGCAGAUCAAGCUAGCGGAGGGCGAGGCGUUUGGGAUCACCAGGCGCCGGCGGCCGGCGCCCGAGGCCAUCACGCUGUGGGACGGCCAGGACGUCGAGUACCAGGCGCUGAUGGAUUCGGACGGGACGCAGCUCGUGCCGCUGGUGGUGGAUGACGGCCGCGCGGCGCCUGUCGCUGCGCCAGGCGCGGCGGUCCUGCCGCUGGCCGCGCCGGCCGCCCCGCCAUCGGAUGUCACGUGGCUGAUCAUCGACCCAGUGCAUCCCGAUUUCGGGCGUGAGCGACACCCGUCCCCUGAUGCUGAGAUGGCGGGUGAAUACGCUAUGGCUCUGGAUGUCAAUCGUCUGCCGGUGCCAGUGAAGCGCGUGCCGAUCUCCGACGUCGCGACUUUCCUUGACACGGUGCACAUGCGGGUGCGCAAGAUCUUGGAUGACGAGGCUGCCGCCGUGAAGGCGGACGGAGGGCUGGAGGGCCGGCUGAACGAGGCCCUAGACGGCGGCACACAGACGCCCCCGGCUGGUGAGGAUGCGAGGACCUUGACGGUGAGCUACGACAAGCACGGGGAACGCCACAAGGACUGGCGGUCAGUCUGCGCGGAGAUCUCGUACAGCCACUUCGAUGACUGGGAGAAGUGCCAUGAGGGGCCUCCGGUGACGCUGCCGUUGUUCAAGAACAUCCAGCGUCAGGGAGGCGACCCCCGCCUGUUCUUUCCCAUCUGGUGUCGGGAUUCGGGCGUGAGCCCGCAGGGGCGCACGGGCAUCGAGAUGAAGCUGCUGCUGGAGAUCCUCUACCUGAGCGGCUGUUACGACCAGGUCAACGGCCCUUCUUUGGCGAGCGUCGAGGCCGUGUCGAGGAGGGUGCGCCAGAUCAUCGAGGCCUACUCGACAGGGGUCCCUGGCCGCGCCAACUGGGAGGGAGUGAAGCACUUCAUGCCGCCUGCCAAUGCGGCCUCAGUUGUGCCUCCAGAGCUCCGCUCUCGCGCUCAUCGUCGCGCGAAGGAGGAGGUGGAAAUCGAGAACAUGCGACUGAAGGCGCGUGGCCUGCAGCCUGCCGCGGGCGCCGAGGGCAGCCAGCCGACCCUCCCCGGCUCGGGAGGGGGCGGUCGAGGAGGCGGCCCCAAGGGCGACCCGAAGGGCGGCGGACGUGGGGGCGGCCCGAAGGGAGGGGCUGGCGCGGAGGCGGGGAAGGCUCAGGCCCCGGGGCGAUGGUCGAGGCCGGCGCCGGUCGUGGUCGAGCCGACGCUGGAGGCCCAGACCCGGUGGCUGACGGAGGUUGUGGGCCCAGAUGCAAGCCAGUACUUGGAGCAGAAAUACGAGCGCAUGCUGCGCCCCUCUUCGGAUUUUUUGGAGCGACAGGAGUCGCUGUCCCCUAUAAAUCCCUAUUGGGACCCUGUGCUUGCUCGCAGCCGCCGCAAGUUUCUGCGGCUAAUGCGGGCGCUCUUGCGGGUCGGGCUGGUCACGCUUUUGCCGGCGGGCUCGUCGCCGGAGCAAGUCGGUAUGUUCUUUGUAAAGAAGACCGGCAAAAGGGUCUUCAGCUUCGUCGAGUCGGACACGGGCCACGAGAAGGGGUCGGUCCUGGAGGGCUCAGGGGUCUGUCAGUACAUCUACGUCGACAACCUGGGUGUUCUCUCGUGCGACCCCUCCCACACAUCGACUCUUCUGUCCGACGCGGCGGCCCGCUUUGAGGAGGCGGGUUUGGUAACCCACGAGCAUGAGGUGAGCAACAAUUCCGUAAAGGCUCUUGGGACUCACGUGGAUCUUGAGGGGCUUGGAGUCUCGCUCGCACCUGCUAGGCUGUGGAAAAUGCGUCAGGGGGUACUUUGCGCCCUGUCGUGUCGGAAGCUGCCCAGUCGGGUCUGGGAGGUGCUGUUGGGUCACCUCACAUUCUGUGCGCUGAUCAAUCGUGGCAUGAUGAGCGUGUUCAGGAGUAUCUACGCGUUCAUAAAUAAGUACUACGCUACGCCCAUGCCUUUGUGGGACACGGCUAGACAGGAGAUGUCGACGGCAGCCUCCCUGUUGUUCUUGAUGGAUGCUUCGUGGACUUUACCUUGGUCCCCAAACGUCGUGGCGACUGACGCCUCGGAGGAGGGGUUCGGGGCCACGGUCUCGGAGUGGGACGCCCAGGACGUCUCGGAGGUGGGGAGGAUCUUGGAGAGAGGUCGUUUCCGGAGGCUUCCUGGAGUUUCUGCUCGGGCCAGGUUUUUCGGAAGUUUGGAGGAGCUGGGGUCCGACGUGGAGGAGAGCGAGUCUGAGCGGCCGUACGACGUCGACUCGGGCUUCCCUGAGGUCCCCCACGCAGUACUCACGAGGGCCCGCUGGAGCACCCUUCUGGCUGGUCCGUGGAGAUAUUUUGACGAGGGUAUCUUUACCUUGGAAGCCAGAGCUCUGUUGUUGGGAUUCCAGGCGCUGGUGAGCGAGUACCAAGUCAGAAACGCGAGGGUGCUCUUCUUGCUUGACAACAUGGGGGUAUGCCUGUCCUUCGCCCGGGGGCGCACCGCGGACUUCAGGCCGUCCCGUCUCCGUCGCUUACCGCCCGGGGAUACGCUGGUGGCGAAGCUCGAGCAGGCCCCGCAGGAGCACAAGGCGCCGGCCCUCGACGAGCUGAACGACGAGGAGGCCUCGAACGUGGUCGAGGAGAGCGACGCGACCUCCGACACGGUCCAGGUCCGAACGCGGCCUGCCCGCCGCACGCGGGUGCUGGCGGCCCCACGUCUGAAGCGAGCACGCCAACCCGUGGAAGCAAGUCGCCUACAAGGAUUGGGCCUCCUGCCGCUGGAGUCGAGCGCGGUGCAGGCGAAGACAGAGAUCCAGUACCACGAGGCGGUGUGCGCGUGGCGAGCUCGGGCCCGCGAGUUGGGCGAGCCUCUCGGCGUGGCUGCCGAGGUGGACGCCUCGGUGGUGCGGCAGCUUCAAGAGCUUUUCGACCAGGGCGAGAACAUCAGCAAGGGCGAGAAGCUCGUGGCCGGGCUGGAGCAUUUCCUGCCCGAUUUUGGGAUGGAGGCGUCGCUGUCCGCCGCGAUCGCGCCGCCCCCUGGCCUUCAGCAUCUGGGCGGCCAUCCUUUGGGAGCUGUGCCGUGCCAACUUCUGGAACAUGGGGUCUACACGCUGUUCAUGCUGGUGACCUACAUGCGGCCGUCGGAGCCGCUGAAGUUGUUGAAAGAGGACCUCUUGGCACCAGCGCGCGGACUCUCUGCCUCAUGGAUCUGCUUCGCUUUUCGGCAAGAGCGGGGAGUGGCGUCCAAGACGUACGCGACGGACGAGAGCAUCGACAUGAGCUGCAAGUGGGUGCCCUACCUGUCGUCGGUGGUGGCGGCGCUCCGGACGGGGGGCCCGAAGGCCAAGGUCUUCAACUUCACGUGCAGCAGCUACACGCGCCAGUUCAAUAUCGCCUGCAAGAAGCUCGGGCUGACGGCCGUGCCUUAUCAGGCAAGGCGCUCAGGCGCCUCCAUCGACGCCGCCAUGAAGUACCGCGCGAGAGCCGAGAUCAAAAGCAGGGGAAGAUGGAAGGCGGACAAGUCGGUGUUGAGGUACGACAGCAAGGCCAAGAUCGUCGAGAGCGUGGACAAGCUGACCGGCUCGUUGGCGUCUCACGUGCGCAGGUGCGAGCUCCAGCUCGGGGCCCUUUUGUGCGGCCAGAUCGACCCCUCGGCCAUCGCACCGCCCGUCAUCCAGAGCCACGCCUGGUACUGCGGGCUCGACUGGAAGGCGCUGGAGGAGCUGAGGCUCGAGCCGCCGUACCGCCCGGAGGUGACCAACGCGAGGGACCUGUCCAACUUCCCCGAGGAGGAGACCGCGCUGACGAAGCUGCCUUACGAGGACGACGGCAGCGGCUGGGACGACUACUUCGAGUCUGCCUGA